AGUCGCGAAUAACUCUUCCGCUUUAGUCGUCGUCGACUUGCUACAUAAAAAUCGGUGUUCUCGAAUUUUUUACAGACAAACCAUUAUUAUAACAAUAAUAUCAUAGCUUGUGAUAAGCAAUAAUUAUACUGAGACGCGUCAUUACAUACAGACGCCGAAAGUCGAGGUGCAGACCUGGCUUAAUAUAAAACACCAACGUCAGUCGGAGAUCUGUCCAUUCUCCACCAUGAAGUCCAACGGGGCAGUUCUGAGCGCUUUUUUCACGUUCGCUUUUCUCGUCGUCGCGUCCGGGUUGUCCGACAACACGUGGUCAGACGUGUCCAACGCCACCGGCAGAGCCAUACAAUACGACAACCGUUGUAUUUUGCACAUGGACGACAUAUACAGAGUGCAUUACUGCUCGAAUAGAGCGUGUCCAAGCUGGAAGUGUCAAGAUGAUUCGGCGAUAAUACACGGAACGUGUUGCGGUUGUCCCAACAUUUUUGGAGAUGACGUUCCGGUAUUGUGUGUUAAGGAUUUGAAAUGCCCACAUUUAAUGAAGGACCUUUGCAACAACUACAACUUCAUGAUUUUGUGUUGUUGUUCCCGAACUAAUAAUUAUUAUUAUAACUACAACAAAUAAUUGAUAUUUUGUUCCGUCGAAUUGAAUAUCGAAAUUAAUUCAAUUCACCGAUCAUAAUAAUAUAAUUUUUGUUUAAAAUAACCGAUGAUGUCUACGACUAUCGAAUAAUAAAAAAAAAUACUAUUUGUAAUAAUAAUAAUAAUACCUAUACUGUCAAAUAUAUUGUAUCAAACUUUUAUCA